CUCCGGACUAAUGGCGGAAGUUGACCUGGUGGCCGAAUUUCCCCGGCCUGCGGGUGCCACUCGCUGGGCGGAGGUGAUGGCUCGCUUCGCCGCGGGGCUGAACGCGCAGGGCCGCCGGGUGGUGUUGAUCACGUCGGGCGGCACCAAGGUCCCCCUGGAAGCGCGGCCAGUGCGCUUCCUGGACAACUUCAGCAGCGGGCGGCGCGGGGCCACCUCGGCCGAGGCCUUCCUGGCCGCCGGCUACGGGGUCCUGUUCCUGCACCGCGCGCGCUCCGCCUUCCCCUUCGCCCACCGCUUUCCGCCCCAGGCCUGGCUGUCCACCCUGCGGCCCUCGGGCGCCUCUCCUUCGGGCGCGCUGAGCUUGGAGGCCGAUGAGAAGGCGCUCCCGGGCUUCGCUUCGGCUUUGAGGCGCUACCAAGAGGCCGCGGCUGCAGGCACCUUCCUGGCCAUCGAGUUCACCACCUUGGCCGAUUACCUGCACCUGCUCCAAGCUGCGGCGCAGGCUCUCAGUCCGCUAGGCCCUUCUGCGAUGUUUUACCUGGCCGCGGCCGUGUCCGAUUUCUAUGUUCCUGCCUCCGAAAUGCCCGAACACAAGAUCCAGUCAUCUGGGGGCCCACUGCAGAUAACGAUGAAGAUGGUACCAAAAAUGCUAUCUCCUUUGGUUAAAGACUGGGCUCCCAAAGCAUUUAUAAUUUCCUUUAAGUUGGAGACUGAUCCAUCCAUCGUAAUUGAUCGUGCACGGAAUGCUUUGGACACUUAUCGGCAUCAAGUGGUGGUGGCUAAUAUCCUUGAGUCACGAAGAUCCUUUGUCAUUAUUGUAACCAAAGACUCAGAAACAAAGUUAUUGCUCUCGGAGGAGGAAGAAGAAAAAGGUAUAGAGAUAGAAGAGAAGAUAGUGAAUGAUCUUAAGUCUCGACACACAGCUUUUAUGUGCGACAAAAACUGAAAAAGCCAUUAGAGAAUCAAACAUUGUUCAGUGGACCAGGGCCCUGACAAAUGGUGAGAACCAGAAUAAGAUAUACAGGAUGAAGGGAAAAAAGUGAUUGAUGUACAGGCAGUUGUUUUACUUUGUUAUUUGUCUUCUCAAGGCUAUUUUAUACUUACUAUAAAUGAAAAUGAGCAAAACUGUGAUGACUGAACCAGCUAAAAAAUGCCUGAAUGUGAUCUUGAUUUUGAAAAUGAACACAUGGAGGUUCUCACUUUUUUCAUAAGAGUUUAUUGGAAAUUAUAUCUUUCAGAGUAUACAUGUGGGUCUGAAAAUCAAUAUUUGUAUUAUAGAGGAAUUAAGGAUGCAUGAAUGAUUUUGCUUUUGAAGAUCGUUUGUUGAUGCCUACUAUAUACUAGGCUGUAAGAAUUAUGAGGAUUCAAAAGAUGGAUACAUGUGUAGUUUGGAACAUAGACCUAUUAAAAAAAAACUAAGUGCAAUAAAAAAUGUGGCCAAAAAUUGAUGCAGUAGAAAGAAUGCUUUGCUUUUGUUUUUAAUUUCUAGAAGGAGAGAGUAAGAACACUUGCCUGAAAAUAGUUGCCUACCCAAUAGAGUUUCACAAACUUGGCCUACGACUCAUUAAACCCCUAGACAUCUUUACUCUUUCCACAAAAAAAACAAGUACCCUCUAAUUGUACCAGAGGCUACUACACCACUAACUAGUUCCAACAUUCCACUUCCCUCCAUCUCCACCCCAUUUUGGGAAAUACAGUUCAAGUGAUGAAUUUCCUACUAAUAGCUACUUUUUACAUCUUGCCCUAGAUUUACUACAUAUUUAUGUUAAUUUAUCAUUCAGACUACUCUUGAAACUUAACCCAGGUCCAGGCAGGGCCAAAUGGUGACCUGUUUACCUGAAAGCAGCAUUUAAGAGUAAUAAAGAAUCUAUGUAUCUCAUGGUGAUUCAGUUAAAAAAAAAUAAAUU